UUAGGAUCAUGUAAAAACAAGUCUUAGGGUGAAAACAUGAAAACAAUUAAUCCCAGCCGUAGAUUAUAAUCUAGCGGAUGAUAUUUAAUGUAUAUAUAUCCUAAUUUUCUCUCUCCUCCCGCGAAAACACUUUCUCUUUCCUCUGUUAUUUUCUUCCUCCUCUUCCUUCUCUCUUCACUUUCUCUCUCCUAAUUUCUCGACAUUAGCGAACUCCUUCAGCAACACCGCUUCAAUUACCAUCAGCGAACUCCUUCAGCAACACCGCUUCAAUUACUUUGAUUUUUAGCAAUUUCUCAGCUCUACGAUCUAUUAUCAGGGUGCAACAAGGAUUUUCAUUCGAUUUGGAUUAGAUUUUAUUCCUAUGGUGAGAACUAGAGGUGGUGCUACUUUUAAAAAAAGGAGAGGCCUUCGUAGCUCAACAGGAGGAGUUAAAUUGAAAGAUACAGGAGCAUGUAUCAAUCUCGAUCAUGAAGAUGAAGAGCAUAUUGAUGGUGGAAGCAAAAUGAUCGAUGAUGAUACUAACAGAGAUAAAGAUGCUUGUAUUGAAAAAGGAUUGAAAAAGAAAGCUAUCACUAAGAAAAAGAAACCUUCUAACAUUGAGAAUGCUAUACCUUUGUCAACUGUGAUGGAAGGAAAGAAGGGGAAUGAGUCUUCUUCUUCACAUGUUAUUGUUUUGCCAGCUAAGAAGAGAAAGUUGGAUGAAAAUGAAGGUCUUAAAGUGAAGAAAGUGAAGGCAAAUAAGGAUAAGAACAUUGUGAUUCAUAGGCAAGAAUCUGCAAUCAUAGAUAGUGAUGUACAUAUGGUGCAACGAGGAUUUAAAACACGUUGCAGGCCAUUUCAUUAG